GUGUGUGUGUAUACUGUAUAUAUCUAUGCAUACACACAUUCACACACACAUCCAAACAUACACACACACAUACCUUCACACACACACACACACAAAUAUAUAUAUAUACUGAAUUAUUUUUUCUCAUUUAGAAUUUUGUUUGCAGAGUAUGAUGAUACAUAGUUUGUUGUGCUGCUGCAAGUAAGAAUUUAAUUGGCCUGUCCGGGACAUACGAUAUGACAAUAAAACACUCUUGGCUCUUGGCUCUUGAUGUGAGACCCUUCAAUUUGUUGCAGUACUGCCCACUGCCAUUGAACUCGCUGAGUAUCCUGUGGCAGAGAGCAAUUAGAACAUAGCCAGCAGAGCUCAACCAAAAUAUUUGGGACAUCUGUGUUUAUGUGUAAGCCCCAAAACGUAAUGCUAUUUCCAAUGAGAAAUGAGAGAUCAGCUCAAGGACAAAACAAGUAAUCUGAUUUCAAAAGCUUUACUGUAGAUAUGCACAGGUAAUAACACAAGAGGGCACCAAGCAACAAUAAUACUGAAGAAUAUGAAGACCAUCCCACUUUUCCAGAACAUAGCAGCUGACUGGAGCAGCUAUUCUCUGCCAGUCAGCUUUAACCCUGCACUUUAAAUGGGCAUUUUAAUUCUCUAAGGGAUAGGGAGGAGCUAGUGUCUGCCAGUGGACUAUAAAUACAAUGAACCAUCAGCUUGCACGACUAAGGGCAUGGAUCAAUUCUUUACACAUGAAGAGAAAGGAAGAAAAGUUGUGAACUGUCGGUUUUGAUACAUUUUUUUUAAAACUAGCAGCGAUAGGUCUUGAUGUGACCUGAAAGGAAUCGAUAAGUGCGAACUAAAGUUGUGAAGGAUGGUAUGUCAACUUCAAGCUUCUGCACUAUGAAAUAAUGGAACAAGACUGAAGUGGAAAAUUGACUUAUUUUAAUCUUUGCUUCUAACAGUACUUCUCAACCAUUGUCGAGAUGAAUUCCACUCAUUCGAUCUUCUUCUUGCAACUGCCGACGAUGAACAGCACAGAGGAUCUGAAUGAAAGCAGUAUCCUUAACAACAGGAGCAGCACAGGCUUCUGCGAGCAAGUCCCAAUUAAAGCUGAACUGUUUUUCACCUUGGGAAUCAUCAGCUUCCUGGAAAACGUCUUGGUCAUCCUAGCAGUUCUUAAAAACAGAAACCUCCAUUCUCCCAUGUACUUUUUCCUCUGCAGUUUAGCAGUGGCAGACAUGCUGGUAAGUGUAUCUAAUGCCCUGGAGACAAUUGUGUUGGCCUUUUUAAAAAACGGCUACCUGGUGGCAAAUGACCAGUUCAUUCAGCAAAUGGACAAUGUGUUUGACUCGAUGAUCUGCAUUUCUUUAGUGGCAUCAAUGUGCAAUCUGUUGGUCAUUGCCAUCGACAGGUACAUCACCAUCUUCUAUGCCUUACGCUAUCACAGCAUCAUGACAGUAAAGCGGGCUUUAAUUUUGAUCGUAGCUAUCUGGAUUGUUUGCAUUUUCUGUGGCAUAGUCUUCAUUAUGUAUUCCGACAAUCAAACAGUCAUUAUUUGUCUUAUCACCAUGUUCUUUACUAUGCUGUUCCUCAUGAUUACUCUUUACAUCCACAUGUUCAUGCUCGCUCGGUUGCAUGUUAAAAGAAUCGCUACACUCCCAGUUACCGGUGUGGUCCGUCAGAAGACAUGCAUGAAAGGAGCCAUUACCAUUACAAUCCUGCUUGGGAUCUUUAUCAUCUGUUGGGCUCCAUUUUUCCUUCACCUCAUCAUGAUUAUAUCAUGCCCCCAAAACCCGUACUGCAUUUGUUAUGCGUCUCACUUUAACACGUACCUGAUCCUCAUCAUGUGCAAUUCAGUCAUCGACCCGGUCAUUUACGCCUUUCGGAGCCAGGAGAUGCGCAAGACAUUCAAAGAGAUCAUUUGCUGCUAUUGUACGAACCUCAACUUCCGCUGUAAGUUAUAAUCUCCAUAGCUAAGAAAUACUGUGAGGAGCCACACGAUGCAAGGCUUGAGCCCACGACCAAUAAUCUCAUAGUUGAUCAGUGUGAACAGAAAAUGUCAACAGAACAUUGGAUGAUUGAAGCCCGGAAUUUAACUCAUCAUGUGAUUCACGUUGCAAAUGGUCACUGCAUUUUUGGGGAAAAUGUAAAAAGCUUACAGGACUUAAACGCUUGUGAUUCUUGUUCCAGGCUAUGUACUUGUGUAAUAAAAGUGCCAAAUGAUAUGUGAUUAAUAUUAAUUGUGAAUAUUUCUAAAUGUAGAUAUAUGUAGGAAUAACACUUAAGAUUUUUAGUAGACAAUAGGUUAAUGUGUUUGUCAUUCCAACUGAUAGUGACACUGCAGAACUUAAACUCUUGUGACUACACAGUUAAGUAUGUACAUAAUGAAUAACACACAAACAGAUUUUUCACUAUCUUGCAAAUAUUUCUGAUAUAAUAUUCAUUU